UUCCAUCCCAUGUAGGGUGUCCCACUGGGCACUGAGUGAGUGUGCAUUUAUUUUUUUGGUGUUUUGUGUUCAACUCAUAGAUUCCCCUAAACAGUGUAAUUUCAUAAAUAUUCUUUAUAGCCAGUCUGAUGUGGGACAAAAUACCUAUAUUUGUGAAUGUCAGCCUUUCUGUAUUUGGCUACUUCUUGACCCUAAGCAUCAUCCCCAAAUUCCGAGAUUCAUUCCUCAGGGCUGGGAUCUUUGGACGUGAUCAAUGCAAAAAGACUGAUAAGAAGAUACCUGAGGCAGUUGGAGUGCUGUCAGCAUGUGUAUUUCUGGUCAUCACCUUCCUCUUCAUCCCAGUACCUUUUGGACAUUAUUUCUUUGGAUCUGCAGCAGAGUUCCCAUAUCAUGAGUUUGUAGAGUACCUUGCAGCCCUGCUCUCCAUCUGCUGCAUGGUGCUGUUGGGUUUUGCAGAUGAUGUUCUUAACCUCAAGUGGAGGCACAAGCUCCUCCUUCCAUCUCUUGCAACUCUCCCCCUUCUUUGUGUGUAUUAUGUCAACUUCAACUCCACGACUGUCAUUAUACCUCAUCCUCUGAGGUUCUCAUUUGGAUAUUCGCUAGAUUUGGGUAUCCUAUAUUAUUUUUACAUGGCUGUGAUAGUUGUAUUCUGUACAAAUGCCAUCAACAUCUUGGCGGGUGUAAAUGCCCUGGAGGUGGGACAGUCUCUUGUGAUAUCUAUGAGCAUCAUCAUCUUCAAUCUGAUCGAAUUAUCUCGGGAUGCCAGACAGCAUUUCUUCUCUCUUUAUUUUAUGAUACCCUUCUUCUUCACAUCAUUGGCUCUCUUCAAACUCAACUGGUGUCCAGCAGAAGUGUUUGUUGGUGACACAUUUUGCUAUUUUUCGGGAAUGACAUUUGCUGUUGUGGGGAUAUUGGGGCACUUUAGCAAAACCAUGAUGCUCUUCUUCCUCCCUCAACUGGUCAACUUCAUUUACUCUCUACCACAACUUUUCCAUUUUGUUCCAUGCCCACGACACAGACUCCCAUGGUGAGGCAUUGUUGACUAUUUGAUGUUUCUCAACCAACUUGAAAAUAUCCUGAUGAAUUUGUCUUGUCAAACAAGGUAUGACAAAAAGCUGGACAAAGUGCAUAUGAGCAAAGUCCAGUUCAGGCCUUCAUCAUUAAAUCCUUUGGGUCGCCUGAUCAUAUUGGUGUUUCGUCACCUGGGUAUUCUUCAUGUCACAGAAGGUUUAGGAGAAGGAAAAGACAUGUGGGAGGUGAACAACUUCACACUGAUCAACUUUGUGCUGCGAUUCCUUGGACCACUGCACGAGUCCACUCUUGUUACCAUUCUCCUCGCUAUCCAGGUUGCCUGCAGUGUGAUUGCAUUCAUCAUCCGUUACCCACUGGCCCAGUUAUUCUAUGAUGUGUGACUACCUGCACAGAAACUUCAUGCAGUUUGAUGGUCUCUUGUGUUUUUUUAUAAUACAGUUGCUAAGGGUGUUGAUUUCCAUGUUUUGUAUCCAGAAAACAUGUGCAAGAGUACCUGACAAACAGACAUAGAGAAUAGGUCCAAAACAUCAUAUAGUGAUACAAUUAAAGGAAAAAAAAGAAGCUUCUAGUCAUGGAUAUGCUGGAUAAGUAUCUAGAACAAGAAAAAUCUUGAACUCCUUCAAGUUUGAGGUUCCUUCAAGGACUACAAUUACUCAUUAACCCCUGUACAAUUGCCUCUUUCUCACCAGUGUUAGUUGCAUGAGUCCUGAGUCCCAACAAGUUGAUAUUGUAGUUUGAAUAGUUGUCCUUCUGUUGGUCACUAAUUAAAGCUGCUUUCUUGAACCAAUGAACCC